GGGAGACUGGUAGCUAACAAGAUUGACAGGAGAAGAGCUGCUCUUCAGAACUACUGUUUCUGCUGUCUACAGUUGUCCAAGUUCAGGCACGAUGAAGGGAAUUAUUCCUAAGAACAAAACCAAAGGUACUGACUUCUGCGGUGUGAACGACUACUAUUAUAUAAUCCGCUCUGAUCUCGGCUGCUAUAUGCAGUCAAGUAAUUUUAAUAAAGGUUCAGACAUCACUGUUUUGAGUCUGCACCCUGCCUGCAAAAAUGGAGACCAUUACCUUGGUAGUGGAAAUGGCUGCUUUUACAUCAUCAAAGGCAAGUCCUACCGCAGAGUCAGCAACCUGACGACAGACAGCGAUGCUGUAGUUUACAGCCUUCAUCCCAACUGCCAGGGUGGAGACCACUACCUCGGGGCCUUUGGCGAGUUUUACAUCAUCUUCCAAGGAAAGGGUACUUACCGAAGAACAACAAACAUGAAUCGAGACUCGGAUGCUGUAGAAUACCCGCUGCAUCCCAACUGCAGAGAUGGUCUGUAUUACUGGGGUCUGCCAAACCACUACUACUUCCUGAAGCCCGUCUCAGAGUGGGGAGUUGAGUACUACAAAGGGACCAACUUCAACAAAGACGAGUGCACUGCUGUCUAUUCUGUUCAUCCCAAUAUCCUUAACUUCCUUCCUGGAGGGCUGUCAAUGACUAAAGGCCCAGCCUUUGGCAUUUGGGAGAACAUUACAUCCAUAACUAAUGACAGCAAUACACCAGUGACAUGGCAAAAUAAAAUCAUUAAAAGGGUUGGAUACAAUAAGGAAAUGAUGACCCAAAUUACACACAACUGGAAGAUAGCCAUGACAACCUUGGCUGAUUUAAUGGCGUUAAUUGUGAAGUUGCAGUUCUCUUUUUCAGCUGAAUAUGGAGGCUUACAUGUCAGCACCGAAGACGAAAGCUGGAAUGAAGCGACUGAAGUGGAAGAAAAUCUCACAGUUGAGCUGAACGCAAAUGAGCGUUUAUAUCUGUGGCAGUACAAACUGGGUCUUGGUCAAGAACUUGUGUUGUUCUGCCAUGAUUUAAAGAUCGACGAUGACCCAAACCCUUCAACUGAAGUCCCGCUGCCACCCGCAAAGUCAUGA